UGGCUGACGAGGCCCCACGUCAAUACGCAGUUUGGAAGCGCAUAGCUUGGCUAGAGCAGUUAGCAACCAGAUGCACAGUCGGCGCUCCAUCAAACCUUACAUCUGUGGAUGAAGCGAACCAAGGGGAAACAGCUGUAUGCAGGCUAUGUUAGCGACCUGAAACGGCAACAUCUGACUGUGGACACGUAGGAGAGAGUCUUUGCCUACAUACAUUGUGUUGUCAUUUUCUGUCUGCUGUUUUGUGGAUAACAAAAGCGCAUUCGAUUCGAACGGAGUCAUUGGAACAGACGAGUGAACGAGAAUUGAACCGCAGUGGAUGUCUUGCUCUUUCUGUGUUCACAUCGUAAUACAACUGUAGCUGAGUAAUCGCAUGGAGAUGGAGUKAAAUUGAGGUCAUCUGGAAUUGAAUUGCGGCUGAGAGAUGGAGAAUUAGUUUUGUCCGCUCUGAUCUAAUAGGAGGGAGAGAAGAACUGCUGGAUACAUAGCGGAUACAACCCCGAUAUGAACGUGGCUUUCUCGCUCUGCUUGAGGUAGCUGCUAAAGCCAAUGAAAGACGGCGGUCUUGAGAACGCAUACGGUCACUUUGGAAUGUAGAUAUACGCGUUUAUUCUUGCACAUUUAAAAAAAAUAAACCGAAUGUGUUCUAAUACUAGUAACUAGGACUAUCGUUGCAUUUUUUUGUUGUUGAAUUACUCUUCAAGUAUCAACCAACUGAUCUUCUACGYGAGAAUGGCCAUGAUACAAAAGUGAAUCUGGACCUGGRUUUGGAGGCAGUGGAGUUAAUGGUGUGAGUGAGAUUUCUCCCUCCCCCACCAUCACUACAGAGACACGCCAGAGGCUGUCCACUGUCCAGGCCCAAGCAGUCAGCCUGAGCCUGCUAGUACAGACUAUCUGGCCUCCUCWUCUUGUGGUCCCUUAUGCUCAAUGAAGGCUAUCUCUGGGUCGCUACAGGAUGGAUGGUGUGGAUUUGACGGUCCUUGUGUGUCAUCAUCAGCGCUUGCUCCUCUGUGACUGUUUCCUGUUCUUUUCCAUUUAUAAAAGAACGCCCCCUCUUCUGGGCCCAACCACCCCUGAGCGCUGUAAAAGUUAUAGUAACUGUUGUUGUUAAGUGACACUUACAGAGGAGGUUAAGUUAACUCUCCCCCCAUCCAAACUCCACAGAGGGUUUUCUCCAGAGGUUUUAUUUUAUAUACCCAUAUUAUAUAUUUCCCCCCUCUCAGGAGUUUGUUUGGAAGACGCACAGGUGUUUGGUUCUUCACAACAAAAGURUUGGUUUAUUGUUGGUUGAGGUUUACAGUUACUUUUUCUCAAGUUUUGGUUCUUCCUUGUAAUUUAUUUAUACUUUAUAUUUUGGAGUUUUUUUUGCUCAUUGCUCACUCACACCUCCUGGAAUAAAAAAAACAAGAUGUCGGAAACAGACAAGUUCCUUGCCCCUUUCCCUCCGCCGCCCAAGAAUGUGAAUGGUUCCAGCUCGGACACGUACCUUGGUGAGAAUUUGGGAACCGACGGUGUCCGCCGCCGCCGCCACACCAUGGACCGCGACCCCAAACAGGCCGAGCAUCGCUUCUUCCGGCGCAGCGUCAUCUGUGACUCGAACGCCACCGCCUUAGACCUCCCCAGCAAGGCCGUCAUCCUCACCUCCCCGCCCGACUGUGAGCCCCCCAGCCUGGGCUGGCUCUCCCUGGCUGUCCCCUCUGUGGUGGUACCCGAGCCGUGUCUGGCGGUGGCUGAGGUGGAGGCAGAUGAGGAAGGAGGGGAAGGGACUUGUAUUGACGUAUUAGGGCCCAGUGUUGGUGGUGGUACUAGAGUGGAUGGUAUGGUAGUGCAGAUAAAGCCAAGCACGGCAGUAUUGGAUGUUUGCGGCGGAGAGAAAGUAAAGAAGCUGUUGUCGUUAGCCGCCGCAGAMGCUCCUGGAAUGGAGGAGGUGGUGCCCAGUAAAGCGGGGGAGCCCGCGGAGGAGGAGAGCGGMAGUGUUACAGAGGAGAUGCGAGAYGAGAAGGAGAAGGGGGCSGCUAAGGCCCUAUUAGAGGAGCAGAAGAGGGAAGCAGAGAAGAAGGUUCAGGACGACAUAGAGGAAGUAGAGACCAAGGCCAUAGGGACCUCGCUGGAUGGACGCUUCCUAAAGUUUGACAUCGAGAUCGGACGCGGAUCCUUCAAGACGGUCUACAAGGGCCUGGAUACGGAGACUACAGUGGAGGUGGCGUGGUGCGAACUGCAGGUAAGACACAACCCAAUCAUUUACUAUCCUUCUUUACUUACUUACUCUCUGCUCUGAGUAACAUUUUAAGCAAUGUUUUAUUAUACUCAAUUAUUGUAGUGGCAAACUAAAGUACCUAAAUAGAUUGGCGUACACAAAAUUUCCCAGGUAUGAAGAUACAGAUAAGGUGCGGAAGGAAGGAUGUAMKUUGCUAUA